AGGAGCGUAGUUCGGAGUGCGACGUCGCUGUGGUUGAUGACAUAGCUAUGCGGAGGAACAGCAUCUCUCAUGCGGACGUAAAGGCGACUUCCCACGGCUUCUCUCCCGCGGGAAUGCGAGCCAGAAAGCGGCACUCUGGAACUCCAAGUUCGGCCGUGAGGAUGAUCUGAUGACCGUCGCUGCUUUAUCGCUUUAAACUUUUUUUUUAACUGCAAGAUUAACUUUUUCUUAAAAACAUUCGAACAUGGCCGUGCGAGGCAACUCCCUCAUGCCCUUCUCCAUCCAGGCCAUCCUGGACAAGAAGGACAACGGCAGACCCUUGCAGGAUUUGGACGUCUUCUCCAAGACGACGUGCUGGAACAUAUUCGGCGGGGACUCCCGAAGAGGAGGCGGUGCUGCGGACUCUCCUCCCGGGAAGAGCUACGACUCGGACUCCGGGCUCAGCGACGACAACGACGCCAAGGUUCCCCGGGGGGGACAGCCGGAGAAGGACGCCGAAACCGUGUCGGACGUCCCGGAGGAGACGGACCAUGAAUCCGCAGCUGUGGACCACACCAAGAGUGACUGUGAGACCAACAAUGCUGCAGAUUCGAGCACCCAGGACGAGAAAAGUGCUGACCAGCCCAAGCAAAGGAAGAAGCGCUCCAGGGCGGCCUUCUCCCACGCCCAAGUCUUCGAGCUGGAGCGUCGUUUCAACCACCAACGGUACCUCUCCGGUCCCGAGCGGGCCGACCUGGCCGCCUCCCUGAAGCUGACAGAGACUCAGGUCAAGAUCUGGUUCCAGAACCGGCGCUACAAGACCAAACGUCGGCAAAUGGCGGCGGACCUGAUGGCGUCCACGCCGGCGGCCAAGAAGGUGGCGGUGAAGGUGCUGGUGCGGGACGACCAGAGACAGUACAACCCGGGGGAGGUGCUGCGGCCCCCGCUGCUCUCCCUGCAGCCGUCCUACUACUACCCGUACGCCUACUGCCUCCCUGCCUGGACACUCUCAUGUGCGGCCAAUCAGUGAAGACACGGCCGACUGUAUUUAUUUUCAUUUUCAUUCCAACACUCCAAACCCAUCAAGUGACUUUUUGACCAAACAAGUCAAUUAAGGACCCCUGAGGCCUCUCAUUGGACACUUAAUUGUGACCCCAUCCAGUCUAAUUACAUCCUACCUCUGCAGUGAUUGAUUUUUGUCUUUAUUGUUGCAGGCUCAUGUGUGUUAACCCCCCCCCCCCCCCCCAGCUCUGUUUCUUUCUCUCACUGUGUCGUGUAAAGGUAAGAUAUUUCAGCACUUUUUAUUUGGGAGCAUUUACAUGAAAGCAAAAGAAGAAAACACACAAUUGGUGGUGUUAUUGGCAGCAAGGAAUAUGCCUCUUUCAUUUACAUGUAAUGUGUGCUUUUUUUUUGGUGUGUGUGUGUGUGUGUUUUGGAUGGGUAAAAGAAUAUUAAAACAUAUCAGGCAUUAUACUUUAUUACAUUGGAGUGCUACUUUGUUGUCAGGAUUUAAUUGGCAUAAUACAA